GCGUGAUACCGGGAUAUGACUGACACCACGAAAUGCCCCGUGUACGCCGGAAACCGCUUCCGAAUCUGUGACAUGGACCACUUAUCGGAACCCUCACUAAAACCGGCCGGUGUCGGUACCGACGAUGUCAUCGACGAACGAAAGUGGUGCUGCGGCGCACCCGCUGCAAGCGUCUGCGCGUGUUUGACGACCAUUAACUUCAACGGGGACGCUGUAUCCCGCUCAGGGCUGGAGAGUUGUUUCUCCUCGCGCCACCGCUUGCCGGCAACGACGAACGCGCGUUUUUUCCGAUGGUGCGCGCAGUUUGCGUUUGGCGCGAGCGGAUUCGGAUUUCGCGCUUUCGAUCCGCCGGCGCGCUCCCCCGCCGCGGCCGUGGCGCGCUGGUCUCCCCGCCAGAAAGUGAAAAAGCGCGCCAGAACGGCGUCCAACGGGGGCCACCCGGAGGUGAUCACGUGGUCCAUGCCUCGUGACGCGCGGGGCGUGCCGGGAAGGAGGCGCCUGUCGGCGUGCAUCCCUGCGAGCUGGCGCCGCCGCCAGCAGACGAACUCGGCGAGUGGCGGCCGACGACGAGCAACAACGGCGGCGGCCUCGGCGGCCGACAGCGAUUCGUGCUCGCCCAUGGAGACGGGCUCGCACGGUCCGCCGCACAUAUCGCGGCUCUACCCGGAGAUACUGGCGCUCAUCUUCAGCUACCUGGACGUGCGGGACAAAGGUCGCGUAUCCCAAGUGUGUUCCGCGUGGCGCGAGGCCGCGUACCACAAGUCCGUGUGGCGGGGCGUCGAGGCCAAGCUCCACCUGCGACGCCCGAACCCGUCUUUGUUCCCCAGCCUGGUGCGCCGCGGCAUCCGGCGCGUUCAGGUGCUCAGCCUGAAGCGCUCGCUGCGCGACGUUAUUCAAGGUGUGCCGAACCUCGAGUCGCUCAACAUGAUCGGCUGCUUCAACCUGACCGACGCCUGGCUGAACCACGCCUUCGUCCAGGACAUGCACUCGCUCAGCGAGCUCAACCUGAGCAUGUGUAAGCAAAUCACCGACAACAGCCUCGGUCGCAUCGCGCAGCACCUCAAGGGUCUCGAGAGGCUCGACCUGGGCGGCUGCACGGACGUCACCAACACCGGGCUGCUCCUCAUCGCCUGGGGGCUGCACAACCUGCGCUCCCUCAACCUGCGAAGCUGUCGCGGCGUCUCGGACCCCGGAAUCGGCCACUUGGCGGGCAUGUCUCCCACCAACGCCAUCGGCACCCUCAGGCUAGAGUCGCUGUGCCUGCAAGACUGUCAGAAGCUCACCGACGACGCGCUGAGGUAUAUCAGUAACGGACUGCACGACCUGCGCAGUCUGAACCUGAGCUUUUGCGCCAGCGUCACCGACGCCGGCCUGAAGCACGCCGCUCGCAUGGCGCGCCUGCGGGAGCUAAACCUUCGCUCGUGCGACAACAUCUCCGACCUGGGCCUGGCGUACCUCGCCGAAGGCGGCUCGCGCAUCAGCACGCUCGACGUCAGCUUCUGCGACAAGGUCGGUGACCAGGGCCUGCUACACGCCUCGCAGGGACUGUUUCAGCUGCGUAGCCUAAGCCUGAACGCGUGUCCCGUCAGCGACGACGGCAUCGGGCGCGUCGCGCGGUCCCUGGGCGACUUGCAGACGCUACACCUGGGUCAGUGCGGACGCGUCACCGACAAGGGCUUGAGCCUCAUAGCGGACCAUUUGAAACAGCUACGCUGCAUCGACCUCUACGGCUGCACCAAGAUCACCACCGUGGGGCUGGAGAAGCUGAUGCAACUGCCCAACCUCGGUGUGCUCAACCUGGGCCUCUGGCAACACCAGCUGCACCAACAACAGAGUCCACCGCAGCAGCGGCACAUCCGGUGACGCGCCAGCACUGCAGUGUCACCUCGCCGUGUGUGAUGCCGUUUCUUUAUUUGCUUGCUCAAAGUGAUGACGUCGAUCGCCUUCUUCGCUGUGCGCUGGAGGGACUCCGCUACGGCGGUUAUAUCUUUUUCAGUCUUGCUCAAGAACGUGAACACUGUGAACACUGCGGGAUCAGACGUUGGAUUAAGAAAGUGGGCGUGUCAUCGCUCCCUCGUCCAGAAAGAAGCUGCGAUGCGACCCGUCCUACGACAUUGUAAGUACUGCGACGCCGACACAAAGAACCCGCCACACACACAAAAAAAAAAAAAAAAAAAACGCGAGCUUAGCACGUAUAUGUCGCGCGUUACGCAGGACUGGUCCAAAAAUUCUUCCUUUUCGUGCCACAAGGAGACGUUUCGCUCCGACCUUCGUGAAGUUGUAAAUACUGUGUAAGAUAGCUCUUGUACAUGUUGCCCUGUAAAUAAGUUAUCUGAGAGCGACGAGCUGUACAUACGAGUCAACGAAUUGAUUGCAGCGCUAGUAAAGUUUGUUUUCAGAAAAAAAAAA